AUGCAGGACCUACAAGCUGUGGUCUUCCUCACAGGGCUCUUGCAGGCUCCCAUCUUUGCCAGUGCUGGAGCCUUCAGCAGAGUGGAGGAGCAAGAGAAUCUGUUUGCAGAGAGGGGCUGCUGCAGGAGGCAGAGCCAUUUCCUCCAGGUUGGGCAGGAUGUCUCUGGCAGUCCUGUCAGCGUGGACAUUGGGAAGUGCCACUCAGCAGAGUGGGAGCAGAUCAGCUCCCUCCACCUCGGCAUCCCAGGGCUCUCCAGACAGUCCUCCAUGCUUGAUUUCCUAAGGAGAAGGAAGCCUGAGUGCAGCCUUCGGGAGGUGGAGGUGGUCGAGGCCUGCCAUUGCAGCACCUGCCCCGAGGAACGUCUCCAGCUCCCAGCCCUGAAAACCUUCUUUCCAGACUCUCCCUGGGAGGUCACAGUUGACACAGGGAAAUGCUCUGACCCAACGCACGGUGCAGAUGGACUUUUCUGUGUGCCCACGAAGUUCAGCACUGCUCUGAUCAAAAACCCACRUGGUGGGCAGGUGGUUCGGACACUGGAGAGCUGCAAAAUGAAGGAAAAAUGCUAUCGCAUCUCCCAGGUGGAAUGCUACUAUGAAAUUGUGCAGAGCUCUGCAGGACACAGGGAGGAACAGCUCAGAGAAAUCGAUGUGGGGAGGUGCUUGGGCAGCUGCUCCUCGGGGGAUCCCUGCUUGCUUAGGGAGUCACAAGGUGGAGAGAAAUGCCUGAUUUGGGCAGAAGCUGCCCCGAGCCGCUGUGCCUCUCACGGCUACGACGUGCACAGGUUCCGGAGCCGCCGGGACCAUCGCUGCCAUCCGGGAGUGUGGUCCUAG